AUGAUGGAAGACCAUGAAAUGCCUAUCCAGGCCGCAGAGCAACCUGUCAGCAGAGACUUGCCCGAUUCGGGUAGACAAGCGAAUUUGAAUUCCAUUGGAAACAAGUUGAUCGACAGAUUCCUGCAGUCAGGCGCAAUAGAUGAUCUCGAGAAAUCCAUCGCCAUCGGGCGAGAUGUGAUACGAACAACUCCACAGGAACAUCCAAAUCUAACAGAACUACAAAACAAUCUCGCAAUCCGCCUUAGUUAUAGGUUUUCGCAAACAGGCAGAAUGGAGGACCUGGCAGAAGCUAUCCAGAUUGAACGGCAUAUCGUUAAUGUGAUUCCUUCAGACCAUCCACGACGAUCCACAUACCUUAAUAACCUUGGAGAACUGCUCGGAGAAAAAUACGGAACGACCGGAAUGCGAAAUGAUCUAGAUGAAGCUAUUCAGAUCAUACAGCAAGGUAUAGACGCAAAUCAUGGACAUCACACGCUGCAAGUAGCACUGUUAUGUAACCUCACUUCUCGACUGGGUAAUCGAUAUUCAUUAACAGGAGCUAUGACUGAUCUAGAGGAAGCGAUAAAGACAGGACGAGAAGCUGUCAAGGCAUGCCGCAUGGACCAACCUGAACGACGAGUGUGCUUGAACAACCUUGGAAUACGCCUGAGCCAUAGGUAUGGCAGAACAGGUCAAAUAGAUGAUCUUGAAGAGUCCAUCCAGUUUGGACGGGAGGUUAUCAAGGAUAUUCCUCAAGGACACCCGAAUCUAGCAGAAUGGUUGAAUAACCUCGCAGUCCGCAUUGGCUUUCGGUACACCAGAUAUGGGGCAGUGGAAGAUCUGGGGGAGUCAAUUCAACUUGGACGAAAGGCCAUCGAAAAUACCUCAGCAAAUGAUCGACGACAAGCAGCAUACCUGAAUCAUCUUGCAAAUAGACUUGGAGAUGAAUAUUUAAGAACGAAUAAUGCGGAAUAUCUCAGAGAAGCUAUUGAACACGCGGAACAAGCAGUAAAAAUAACCACAGAAGACCAUCCCAACCGAGCAGCGUGGUUAAAUGAUCUUGGAGUUCUAUUAGGCGAAAGAUUUUCUAGCACGGGGACAAUAGACGACCUGGAACAAGCCAUUGAGAUCGGACGAAGAGCGGUUGGCGCGACUCUACCCAGCCACCCUGACUAUGCAGGACGGUUAAAUACUCUAGGAGGCCUACUCAGUGAUAGGUAUUCCAGGACUGGAGAAGCAGCAGAUCUUGACGAUUCCAUCGAAAUUGGACGUCAAACAUUAGUGGCGACUCCAGAAGAUCAUCCAGAUCAAGCAGCCUUUCUCAAUAAUCUAAGCCUACGCCUUGGACUUCGAUACUCAAGAACAGGUACGAUGGACAUCCUUAAAGAAGCCAUCUGCCAUGGGCAACAAGCCGUGCAAAAGACCCCAUCAGACCACCCAGAACGAUCGGGGCGCAUAGGCAAUCUAGGAAUACUUCUUGGAAAGAGGUAUUUUCACACAGGAGGAAUGGACGAUUUAGAAGAUGCCAUUCGAUACCAUCGACAAGCCCUGGAAGCGACUCCGCUAAACCAUUCUAGACGCUCUGCAUGCUUGAACAACCUUGCUCAGCAUCUUAAAUACAGAUAUUUAAGAACACAAUCUCUUAGCGAUCUCGAGGAAUCAAUCGAACUGGGACAAGAGGCAGUUGACACGACACCAUCGCAACAUCCUAAUCGAGUAAGAAGACUAGAUAACCUUGCGGACUCAUUUGGACGGCGACACUCCAGAACAGGACACAUGAACGACCUUGAAAAGGCCAUCCAGAUUGAGCGGGAAGUUAUUAAAGUGACUCCAGACAACCACCCGGAUCAGCCGGCGUACCUGAAUAAUCUUGGAAUACGUUUGAGUCAUAAAUUCUCUAAGACAAAUCAGACAAGCGACCUUGAAGAGGCCAUCCGAAUUGGGCGAAUGGCUAUUGAAUAUACUGCCCAAGACAAUCCAAGUCAAGCGGGAUGGCGGAAUAAUCUUUGCAUUUGGCUUCGCGACAGCUUCUUGCAAACAGAAGUAAUGACAGAACUUGAUGAAGCCAUUUGUCAUGCGAGAAAAGCUGUGGAAGCGAAGCCAAAGAGCCAUCUUGAUCGAGCAGGGCGUUUGACUAAUUUAGGAGUUCUGCUUGGUACGCGUUAUUGUAGAACGACAUCCGAAGAGAAUCUCGAAGAGUCUAUUACCUGCUUCCAUCAGGCACUGACUCAAGUUUCGUCGCCAGUACUCAGUCGUAUUCGUGCCGGUAUACUCUGUGUACAUUACUUAGCUGUCAAGCCUGAUUGGCAUCAAGCGUAUGAGAUCGCAGGAGUUUCGAUGAAACUCGUACCACUGUUGUCUCCACAAUCACUUGAAAAUUCGGAUAAGCAGUACGUGCUUAGCCAAAUUGCUGGCUUCGCCUCCGAUGCAGCUGCAGUGGCUAUGGAAGCAGGAAAAGGGCCGUUGCGCGCGCUUGAUUUCCUCGAGCAAGGCCGUGGUGUGCUUGCCACAUCUAUUGAGAUGCGAGCUGAUGUUGAGGACUUGCGACAGAAGCAUCCUGCCCUGGCGACAGACUUCGCGCACCUUCAAGAUGAACUCGAAAAUCGAACUACAACCAAAAGCGAUAAUGAAGCAAAGUCUUCUCCGAUCACUGCGCCGGACAAUUGUUAUCAGGCCAACAGAGAGAUCAACAGGUUGCUGAUAACUAUUCGACAAAAACCAGGUUUCGAGCGGUUCUUACUACCCCCGAGCGAAGUAGAGAUGCGGAAUGCAGCGGAAUGCGGUCCCAUUAUUGUAAUUAACACAAGCAAAUACCGCAGUGACGCGCUCCUUAUUGAGCAGGAACAAGUCAGGACCGUAGCCCUGUCACAGUUAGACUACUCUAGGAUGCAAUCCAGGGCAAAGAGUGGUGACCUAGGAAGUUCACACGCCCUAGCGUGGCUGUGGGAUGGGAUUGCUGAACCGAUUCUGAGUGCUUUAGGGAUUACAGAGCCUCCAGCCGACGACAACUGGCCUCAUGUUUGGUGGAUCCCCACGGGUCUUCUGACCCGAUUCCCUCUCCAUGCAGCCGGGCGUCAUGGCGGAAGUUCCUUCGAGACAGUGCUUGAUAGGGUUAUGUCGUCUUAUGGCUCGUCAGUAAAAGCCAUCAUCCACGCCCGCCAACGCCCUCUUGUCAUAUCCUCUUCUUCAAGUGCACUUGUGGUGGCCAUGGACAGCACUCCCGAGUGCUCUCCCUUGCCUUUUGCAUCCAAAGAGUUGAAAAUGUUGUUGGGCAUUUACAAGUCUAUGGCAAUUAGCGCUCUUGAAGUAGGACGGCGCGUCAACGACGUCAUGUCGCAAAUGCUACAGUGCGAGAUAUUCCAUUUCGCGGGACAUGGACAAACCGACAACCAUGAUCCUUCGAAAAGCAAUUUGAUCUUGGAAGACGGAAAGCUCAUGGUGGCGAACCUUCUUGAGCAGAAUCUCCGCAAAAGUUCUCCAUUCCUCGCUUACCUGUCAGCCUGUGGGACGGGCCGAGUUCAUAAUGAGCGCUUCUUCGAUGAAAGCAUACACUUAAUUAGUGCCUUCCAGUUGGCAGGAUUUCGCCACGUUAUUGGUACCUUGUGGGAAGUCAAUGAUAGAUUGUGCGUGGAUAUGGCAAGGAUUACUUAUGAAGAGAUAAGAGAUAGUGGGAUGACAGACAAAUCGGUAUGUCUGGGAUUACACAAAGCUGCUAGAGAACUUCGACAGCGUUUGUCUAAUGCACAAACCAAUACUGCAAGUAAAGGGUCAUCCUACAGUAAUGGGAGGUCUCUGGAGGUGGCAACAGGCGCCCAGGGGGGAGAUAAUAAGGAUUUGGAUGUUGAUAAAGUGCCCAGAGAUAUUGUUUCAUACGACGACGACGACGAAGAGAUAUGUUUACCGCAUUGGGUUCCAUAUGUACAUUUUGGUAUUUAA